ACUGUUCCUCUGGGUUUUGACCACCUUCCCUCACACUGAACGUCUGUCAACAACAGCGACAACAACAUCACUUGCAUGAUUAUUGAUGACAUCGCAGAUUCCCUCACGUAUCCAAGUGCCUCUCGACUGGUGAAAGAUCAACGCAUAGGCGCACUCUUCAGAAGUCUACCUCAAGUUUUCCUGAUUUGGUAACUUGGGCUCUUUUCUUCGGGAGGCGGGAGUGUUUUUUUGUUGUUGAUCUCCCUGGAUGCUGGUUCCUGUCUAGUCCAGUGGCUACCCUAUCAAGACUAACCUUCCACGAAUUGGAAUACAGGGCAUUUUUACUCAUAAUUUCUCCCAGUGGUCAAGCUCCAUCGUCGGAAGCUCCCUGUUCUCCUCUCUGGCGGGAGGUUAGUUGAAGGCGUAGGGUUGUGGAGGUAUGACUGCGUUGGCAGGGGCAAUACCAAGGAUGAUGCGCCCCAUGCUGGCUCAGAACUACCCACACAGUGGCUUCCCACUGGAAGUCUCAACCCCGUUAGGCCAAGGUAGAAUGAACCAGCUCGGGGGAGUUUUCAUAAAUGGCAGACCUUUGCCCAACCAUAUCCGCCAUAAGAUCGUCGAAAUGGCCCACCAUGGCAUCAGGCCAUGCGUAAUCUCCCGUCAGCUACGCGUCUCUCACGGUUGCGUUUCCAAAAUCCUCUGCCGGUACCAGGAGACCGGCUCCAUCCGACCCGGGGCCAUCGGGGGAAGCAAACCCAAGCAGGGGACGACACCUGAUGUUGAGAAGAGAAUAGAGGAGUACAAGCGUGACAACCCGGGUAUGUUUAGCUGGGAGAUUCGGGAUAAAUUACUGAUGGAUGGGAUAUGUGACCGGAACACCGUUCCAUCAGUGAGCUCUAUCAGUCGCAUCAUGAGGAGUAAAUUCGGAGGGAAGGGAGAUGACGAUGAUGAUGAAGAUGAAAUCGAGAAAAAGGAAUUAGAAGAACACGAACGGCGGGCCAAACACAGCAUCGAGGGCAUCUUAGGAGACCGAUCAAGCCACUCAGAUGAGGGGUCGGACGUGGAGUCAGAACCGGACCUGCCUCUGAAGAGGAAGCAGCGCCGCAGUAGAACCACCUUCACGGCUGAACAGUUGGAUGAGCUGGAGAGAGCCUUCGAACGAACACACUACCCUGACAUCUACACGAGGGAAGAGCUUGCUCAGAGGGCCAAACUCACGGAGGCCAGAGUACAGGUGUGGUUCAGUAACAGAAGAGCUCGGUGGAGGAAGCAGGCUGGAGCUAGUCAGCUCAUGGCCUUCAAUCACCUGAUCCCUGGGGGUUUCCCGCCCUCUGCCAUGUCCAGUCUCUCACCUUAUCAGCUGUCUGACAGCCCGUAUCCCCCUACAUCCAUAUCACAAGCGGUGUCGGAGCAGCCCAGCACCCUGCAUCGGCCCCAGCCCCUGCCACCCUCCUCAGGCCACCACCAGAGCUCAGGUGGGGGAGGACAGGAUGUGGGGUCGGCCUACUGCCUGGCCACUGGACGCCACGGCUUCUCAGGCUACUCGGACAACUUUGUCACGUCAGGAGGCCCUCCCAACUCCCAGAACCCUUCCAACGGCAAUGGCCUCUCUUCCCAGGUGAUGGGUCUGUUGAACCCAGGCGGAGUGCCCCACCAGCCCCAGAGUGACUACGCCCUCUCCCCCCUGACAGGAGGCCUGGAGCCCCCCGGGGGCAUGGGGGCCAGCUGCUCCCAGCGUCUGGAGCACCUCAAGGGUCUGGAGGGCCUGUCCAGUGUCCCCAACAUCCCCAGUCUCCCCUCGCUGCCCAACUCCCAGUCCUACUGCCCGUCCUCCUACAGCGCUCCUGCCUACAGCGUGGACCCAGUGGCCUCUUACCAGUAUGGGCAGUACCACGGACAAAGUAAGGUGCCCUUCAUUAUCUGAGACCUGAGAUCACCUGAGGAUCUGUCCAUCUAAGAACCCCCCCCCCUCCCCCUACACCUCCGGCCCAGCCCAGUCUCCAACUCCGGCCCAUCCCAGUCUCCACCUCCACCUCCGGCCCAACCCAGUCUCCACCUCCACCUCUGGCCCAACCCAGUCUCCACCUCCACCUCUGGCCCAGCCCAGUCUCCACCUCCACCUCUGGCCCAAACCAGUCUCCACCUCUACCUCCGGCCCAACCCAGUCUCCACCUCCACCUCCGGCCCAACCCAGUCUCCACCUCCACCUCCGGCCUAGCCCAGUCUCCACCUCUGACCCAUUCCAGUCUCCACCUCCAGCCCAGCCCAGUCUCCUCCUCUGGCCAAGCCCAGUCUCCACCUCCAGGCCAGCCCAGUCUCCUCCUCUGGCCAAGCCCAGUCUCCAACUCCGGCCCAGCCCAGUCUCCACCUCCAGCCUAGUCUCGGUUGAGGGACGUGUGUACUGUACUGUAUAUGUUGAGACUGAGGGGGCUCUUCAUGUAAUCAGGACCAAAAGCUUCAUCCACUAUCCCUGGCUACCUAUUUCCUCACCCAGGCACUUCCACUCAACAAUGAUCUGUUCCUUCAGGCUUGAUGAAAGUAAUGGAAGAGAGACUAAAGUUAAAGGACAUUGAUAGAGAGGAAUUUAAGGCCCAAACAAUGAAACACAUGAACUUAGAUUAAUGUCUGUUGAUGACUGACAGAGAUGCCACUGGGUACAUUCCCUUGGCUGUGAUGUGGUCUACCCCACAUUGGGUGCCAACUAUGACCAGGAAACCCGUGGAAGACUAAUCCACACAGUCCCACAGCACAGCCCAGGAGUGGAGUGGAGGCCCGGUUGGGGUAAAACCUUAAGUCAGGCCUGUGGAAGAGCACAACCAGACUGUAUAGUAACAGACUCACUAGUGGCUUUAGAGCUGUGAACCUGUUUACAUGUUUUUUCGUAGGGCCAAAGGAAUACAGAUUCAUUCUAUUUAUCUCUGAAUGAAAGCUACUUGAGGGAAAAAAUAACAGGCUUUUAUUUGACGUUGCAUUUAUUUGAUAUGUUUUGUUCCAGAAGAUUCCUUCCCACACAAAGAGUGAAAAGAACACAACAUUCCAGCCAUAGACUGAGGAACAAACAAACAAACAAACAAACAAACAAACAAACAAACAAGGAAAUGUGUAGAAAAUAAACAUGUCAAUCAAAGAAAGAGGAAGCUUUGAGACAUCAUCAUAAACAGACCUGCAAUGUAUACUACAGCUGUUCCGUUCCCUUCAUUAUGUUAAAUGCUCAGUGUUCCAAAACAUUCCAUUGAACUCUCACUGUGUUCUGUUGAUAACUCUGAUCUCCUGUAGCUUUAGAAGGAUUCCUAGGGGUCAGGGGUGACUUCGGGGAAAGUCCCAGGUGAAGGAGGAGGAUGAAGGAGGGGGGAUUCAGGGGGUUCUGAUGGGUGACAAGGCUGAUCCAUCAAGGGGUGCAGUUCCCCCUCAUAGAGGCCUAUUAGGGCACAAGACUCACGACCAAGAGACACAUGAGAAACCAGGACCACCUCACCACAGACUAACCCAGCUGACCAGAGGUGCAAUAUCAUGUACCUCAGAGUCAAUGAUGCCAUCAAACAGCUGAAACAAAAAGAUCUUGUGUCUUAAGAACUUUCUGUAAAACAUUUGAAUCGUGUUUGAGUCAUUGGUUAUUACAUGUGUCUACUUAGGCUUCAAGGUCCAAAACAAAGAAACAACAACAUUGUCAGUAUGGCUAUGACAGCAAAGCCACAGGGAAAGGUGGGAUGCACAUUGUGAACCAUUGAAGUCAUUCCAAGCCCAUGUGGAGCAGAUUGAUUCACAUUGUGAACCAUUGAAGUCAUUCCAAGCCCAUGUGGAGCAGAUUGAUUCACAUUGUGAACCAUUGAAGUCAUUCCAAGCCCAUGUGGAGCAGAUUGAUUCACAUUGUGAACCAUUGAAGUCAUUCCAAGCCCAUGUGGAGCAGAUUGAUUCACAUUGUGAACCAUUGAAGUCAUUCCAAGCCCAUGUGGAGCAGAUUGAUUCACAUUGUGAACCAUUGAAGUCAUUCCAAGCCCAUGUGGAGCAGAUUGAUUCACAUUGUGAACCAUUGAAGUCAUUCCAAGCCCAUGUGGAGCAGAUUGAUUCACAUUGUGAACCAUUGAAGUCAUUCCAAGCCCAUGUGGAGCAGAUUGAUUCACAUUGUGAACCAUUGAAGUCAUUCCAAGCCCAUGUGGAGCAGAUUGAUUCACAUUGUGAACCAUUGAAGUCAUUCCAAGCCCAUGUGGAGCAGAUUGAUUCACAUUGUGAACCAUUGAAGUCAUUCCAAGCCCAUGUGGAGCAGAUUGAUUCACAUUGUGAACCAUUGAAGUCAUUCCAAGCCCAUGUGGAGCAGAUUGAUUCACAUUGUGAACCAUUGAAGUCAUUCCAAGCCCAUGUGGAGCAGAUUGAUUCACAUUGUGAACCAUUGAAGUCAUUCCAAGCCCAUGUGGAGCAGAUUGAUUCACAUUGUGAACCAUUGAAGUCAUUCCAAGCCCAUGUGGAGCAGAUUGAUUCACAUUGUGAACCAUUGAAGUCAUUCCAAGCCCAUGUGGAGCAGAUUGAUUCAAGGGGGAAACAAUAAGUCAACAAAAGAAACUUAUGAAGAAUUACAAAGCCAAAUUAUUUCAUACAUUUUUUUGCUUGUGUCUUUUUGUUUCUCUUGUGUUGUUUUACAUCAUUUCCUUAUUUAUUCUCUCUAAAAUAUCUUAACAAUUCUGCAACAUUAUUCUUAAACUUUCUGAAACGUUUUCGUCAAAUUACUACAUCACAUACCUUAUAGGAACACUGUGUCCGUCUGUUCACUAAAUGGUAGCUGGAUGUCUCAACAGAUCAAAGGUUGCCACAAGCACUCAUCGCUCAAUUGUACAUUUGUCUGUAACAGAAAGAAACAUGUUUUUUCUUUCCAAUGGUUUCUUUCAUUUUUAUAUAUUUUUUGUAUUAUUUGACAGAAUGAUAUGGUGCAAUGUCUUGUGUACAAGCUCACUAUUUAUAAUAAAACAUGA